AUGGUAAAAUUAUUUGAAGCAUUGUAUUUUGCAUUAGGUGUAUUGCCAUUCUUGGUUAGUGCAAACACUGAAACGUACUUGCUACAAGUCCCCCAUUAUUUUAAUAUCCCGUCCCAUCCCAAUGUAAUAAAUCCUCACGACUUGCACCAUCGAUCUGUCCAUAACUUGAACAAGACCCAUUCUGUCUUGUUAGAUUUUCCCAUCAAAAAUACUCCACCAUCGUCCAAUAUCUCCAAUACCAUAUCAUUGGUCUAUAAUCCAUUAGUGCAUCCAGCAAAAAAGCUCUUGGUUAGGUUAAAUAACUACCAUGACGAAACCUUUAAAUCAGACGAUUUGCUUUACGUAAAGUUAUGCUGGCCUGCCACAACCCCCAUUAACUUCCGCUUUGAUCAUAGCUUCCAUAGAUUGUCUGAUUUUCUUUUUGAACAUACUGAAGACACCUUCGAUAUAUACCUUGAAGUUGAAAUUUCGAGCGACAUACAUACCUACAGUACUAAGUACAAUGAUUCCAUUGAAGAAAUUCAAUUCCAACUUUAUAUUACAAAAAUGCCUAGUAAAUGGAUUCCCAUACCAUUGGAGUUGUAUUCUUACAUAGUCUACGUGGUCGAUCUUUGUAUCUUACUAGUAAGCAUAGUUCCAUGGAUCUUCGGUAUACUAUUUACGUAG